GGCGGGGAAGAGGAGCAAGACAGAGCAGGCAAUGGGUUUGAGCUCCGGAGAUCAUCUGACUUGAAAGCCCCAAAGUGCGGAAGAGAGAGAGAGAGAGAAAGAAAGGAGACGCGAGGGGAGAAAAGUUUGGUCCCCGCUCGGUCUCUCCCGCUCCCCGAUCCCGAGAGGGGGGCGUGUUUCUGAAACUUUCUUCCCUGGCUCUCUCUUCCCUUCCUCUCCCCUUCCCUUGCCCGCCCUUCUCCGCCUGCCCGCCUCCCUCCGCCUCGCCGCGCGUGCGGCUGUCCUGCCCAGGAAGAUGAUGGAUGGCAGGAGGGCAGCCGCGCGCCAGCAGAGCAGCAAGGAGAGCAGCAGCAGCAGGAGGAGGAGGAGGAGGCAGCAGCAGGAGCAGGAGCAGCAGCAGCAGCGGCGCCCCAGACUUUGCUAAAGUCCCCUCGCUGCGUCCCGGACGGGCCUGGCAGCGCCUCCAUCCCGGGAAGGAGGGCUUUGGAGAGAAAAAGAGGGGCGGGAAGCGAGCGGGAAGCAGCGGGCGAUGGGGAGCCGCACGCCUGGCCCUGCCCGGGAGACGCUGCCCGCCUGAAAACUUCUCUUCGGGGCCAAGAAGCUGGAAUAUGCAACUGUAAGAUGGAAACAUCCACCUCAACAGCAGCUGGAAAAAAAGAAGGGAAAGCUGCCUUUCUGGAGGCAGGCAAUGGCUUUAAUGAAACAGGGAAAAAACCCAUUCCUUUAGCUGCAGCGGCAGCAGUGGUGACACAAGGAGUUCCUCAGCAUGUUUUUCCAGCCUUCCAUUCGCCAUUGCCAAUUGAUAUGCGUCACCAGGAAGGACGAUACCAUUAUGAACCUCACACCAUCCACGCUAUUCAUGGCCCUUCUACUCUGAGUGGCAGCCCUGUGAUCUCUGACCUCUCCCUCAUUCGGCUUUCCCCACACCCGGCGGGGCCCGCCGAGUCCCCUUUCAGCCACCCGCACCCGUACAUGAACCCCCAUAUGGAACACUACCUCCGAUCCAUGCACAGCAGCCCUACCCUCUCUAUGAUCUCCGCUGCCAGAGGACUCAGCCCAGCUGAUGUAGCCCAUGAGCAUCUGAAAGAGCGAGGUCUCUUUGGCCUGCCCCCUCCUCCUCCUGGAGCCAACCCUACGGAUUACUAUCACCAGAUGACACUCAUGACCAGCCAUCCAAAUCCUUAUGGGGACCUCCUCAUGCAGAGCGGAGGAGCAGCCAGCGCGACACACCUUCAUGAUUACCUCAGCCCUGUAGAUGUAUCAAGGUUCUCCAGCCCAAGAGUGACUCCAAGAUUAAGCCGGAAGCGAGCUCUUUCGAUAUCUCCCUUGUCAGAUGCCAGCAUAGAUCUCCAAACAAUGAUUCGGACUUCUCCAAAUUCCUUGGUGGCUUACAUAAAUAAUUCCAGAAGCAGUUCUGCAGCUAGUGGUUCUUAUGGUCAUUUAUCUGCUGGGGCAAUAAGUCCUGCCUUCACCUUUCCUCAUCCAAUCAACCCAGUGGCCUAUCAACAGAUUCUGAAUCAGCAAAGAAGCCUGAGUUCGGCGUUUGGACAUACACCUCCUUUCAUUCAGCCAUCCCCAACGUUCCCUUCACGGCAGCAUGUGGCCGUCAUUUCUGUUAAUUCCAGUCCCUCUCAAAUCAGCAACAGUAACAGUUGCAUAGCUGAUUCAAACCAGAGCAAACUGAGCAGUGAGUCAGCUGUUAGCAGUACUGUCAAUCCAGUAAUUAAUAAACGCAGUAAAGUCAAGACUGAAAUGGAGACUCAACCACCAGCUUCCCCACCAACUCAGGAGUAUCUAACAGACUUGAAAGAGGAGCUGGAUAAGGAUGAAUGCAAGCAGGAGCCUGAAGUUAUUUAUGAGACCAACUGUCAUUGGGAAGGUUGUGCAAAGGAGUAUGACACACAGGAGCAACUGGUCCAUCACAUCAAUAAUGACCACAUUCAUGGGGAGAAAAAGGAGUUUGUGUGUCGUUGGCAAGAAUGCACCCGGGAGCAGAAGCCAUUCAAAGCACAGUACAUGCUGGUAGUACAUAUGCGGAGGCACACUGGAGAAAAGCCACACAAGUGCACGUUUGAAGGUUGCUCCAAAGCCUAUUCACGGCUCGAGAACUUAAAGACACACCUGAGGUCUCACACUGGAGAAAAGCCUUAUGUCUGUGAACAUGAAGGCUGCAAUAAAGCUUUUUCUAAUGCUUCUGACCGAGCAAAACACCAGAACAGGACGCAUUCCAAUGAGAAACCCUAUGUCUGUAAAAUUCCUGGCUGCACAAAGAGGUAUACAGACCCCAGUUCCCUCAGGAAACACGUGAAGACGGUGCACGGGCCGGAGGCCCAUGUCACCAAAAAGCAACGCAAUGAUGUUCCCCUGAGACCACCUGCCCUUAAGGAAAACAAUGACAACGAAGCAAGUGCCAAGCAAACUAGCAAGGCUGCGGAAGAGCACACCGAGGCAAACAGCACUCCUAGAGGCACGGAGGACUGCUUACAAGUGAAAACUAUCAAGACGGAGAAUUCUGUGAUGUAUCAGUCCAGUCCUGGUGGCCAGUCAUCAUGUAGCAGUGAACCAUCACCACUUGGGAGCACCAACAACAAUGACAGUGGAGUAGAGAUGAACAUGCACAGUGGGGGAAGUCUGGGGGACCUGACCACAAUGGAGGAUGGCACUCCUGUUGUAGACUCGACGGUCUCAUCUGGCAACUCGACCGUCAGCCUUCAGUUGAGGAAACACAUGACAACAAUGCAGCGCCUUGAGCAGCUCAAGAAGGAGAAACUCAGGACAGUGAAGGAUUCAUGCUCUUGGGCAAAUCCAGCACCGCACGUCAGAAACACCAAGCUGCCUCCCAUUCCAGGCAACAGCUGUCUAUUGGACAAUGGAGGUGGUAUUUCUACAGCACUGCCUAAUCAGAGGUUAACAGAGCUGUCCAUCAAUGAGGUCACAAUGCUGAAUCAACUAGCUGAACGCCGUGACAGCUCAGCAAGCACCAUCAGCUCUGCCUACACUGUCAGUCGCAGGUCAUCAGGGAUAUCUCCAUACUUCUCUAGCCGCCGUUCUAGUGAAGCUUCCCCAUUUGGAAACCGGCCUAAUAACACAAGCUCUGCUGAUUCCUACGACCCCAUUUCCACAGAUGCCUCUCGCAGGUCAAGCGAUGCUAGCCAAUAUAGCGGUAUCCCAGGUCUUCUGAAUCUGACGCCAGCUCAGCAAUACAGGCUGAAAGUGAAGUAUGCAGCUGCCACAGGUGGCCCUCCACCAACUCCACUGCCUAACAUGGACAGAAUGACUCUGAGGAAUAAGAUCUCCCUCCUUGAUGGAGCAGAUCCUGCUUUACCUUCCUUUUGCUUCCCAUCUGUGCCAAGGCGCUGUAGUGACAGCAUGGCUUAUGGAUAUGGAUCAUCACCUGCCUUUGCCCAUGAGGUGCCAGGCAAUAGUGCCAGGCGUGCAAGUGAUCCAGUGAGGAGACCUGCUGGAGAUCCAGCAUCCCUCCCCAGAGUCCAUCGUUUUAACAGCACCAACAACAUGAAUCUCCUUUAUCCUCCUGCAGACAGAAGGAAUUUCAACUUGGCAAACUUCACACAUACCGAGGGAAAUCUCACUAGACACAUAUACUCUCCACGGCCCCCGAGCAUUAGUGAAAAUGUUGUCAUGGAAGCAAUGGCUGGUGAAACAGAUGGCUCAGUAGGAGAUGAUGAUAUUGUGCUACCUGAUGAUGUAGUACAAUAUAUCAAAUCACAAAACAAUGCGAUGACUACGGAUCCCUCUUCCACAGGGUAUGGGAAUGAGAUGCAGAACUUCCAGGCCAAUAUAAAAGAACAACAAAACAACAUGCUGAGCCAACACAGGAUGGCUCUUCCUGAUGUGAGUAUGAAUCAUACAACACCAGUCGUCAAUGGGUGUCAAAUAAAUGUAGGGGCCAACUCUAAUUUGAGUAAAAACAACAUGCCAGUCCAGUGGAAUGAGGUCAGCUCAGGUACAGUUGAUACGUCUUCUGCUCAGCUGAAGCAGCAGGUCUCUCAACGGAACUUAGCUGUUGUCCACCAGAAGCAGAACUUUGGGCAAUAUCAAGACUUCAGCCAACAACAGAUGCAAAUGGGUCAAAGCAAUAUAAACAUGAUCCCACAACAGUUUGUGCAAAAGAAUGCAGGACUGGAUGGACCGAGACUAAACUGCAUGCAUUUACGGCAGCAGCAGCAGCGGCAGGUGCAUCCAGGUCCUAGUAACAGUGCAGAUAUGCGGGCACAUGAAAUGUACAAUCAGGUUCAUCAGAUGCUGAGUCCACAUACAAUGAGCAGUGAGCUCAACCAGCUAUCUCCUUCCUGCAAUAACAUGAUAGUGAAGCCUGCUUCUCAAGUUCACCCUCAGCAGGUAGAUGCUGUGGGUGGUUCCGUUGCAAUGGUUAACAGUAGCAGAGAAUGCACGAUGCACAAUCAGUCUAACCAGGAACAAGGGCACCAUCCAAACCACAUGAACUUUUCUAUGACACAGGAAGCGUUCCAUCAACCUUCUUCCUUAAUGGCCUCAAGUCAAUCAAACUUUGAACCACAACAGAACAUGACUGGCACAGUUGGGCAGAGUUUUCCUUCUAAUGUGGUACAGCCUCAUCCUCCACCUAAUCCCAACCCAACAAACAGACACCGAGGGAUACGUGCUAUGCAACCGUUGGGUUACAUGAGAAUAUCUCAACCAACUAAUGAUCUGAAUCCAGGGCAGCCAAGGCCAGAGCCAACCCCUAAAGUAACAGCAGGUAUAGCCUCAUCACAGUCAGACCAAUGUCACAACAGUGUGAGAGAAAACCAUUUGAUGCACUAUUAUGGUCAAAUACACAUGUAUGAACAGAAUGGGAAUUUUAAUAACAAUACAGAGUGUUCCAUAAGGCAGCAACAGCAUUGUUCACUGAAUGUCAAGCCAGCCUCCAUGCCCUCUCCUGGAGCUAAUCAAGUUUCAAGCACUGUAGACUCUCAGGUUCUGGAGCCUCCUCAGUUAGAUUUUGAUGCCAUCAUGGAUGAUGGGGACCAUUCCAGUCUGAUGUCAGGGACCCUGAGCCCUAGCAUCCUACAGAAUCUCUCCCAGAACUCUUCUCGCCUUACAACUCCCCGGAACUCUCUGACGCUGCCAUCUAUACCGGCUGGAAUUAGUAAUAUGGCAAUAGGAGACAUGAGCUCGAUGUUGACGACACUGGCAGAAGAGAGUAAAUUUCUUAACAUGAUGUCUUAAUGCUCAAAGCACAACAGACUAGAAGUAUCGAAGAGAUUACAUGCUAAGUAAUUUUAUGAAUGUGCUUUUUAAAAAGAAAUACUUCUGUAGAGUAGACUUUUUUUACAAGUAUUAAAUACAUUAAAGGGAUUCCAAAUAAGGAAGAAGUGUCUUUGUAAAAACUUGUAUAAACUAUAUAAAAGAUGCACUGAAAUAAUGCACCAUUAGUGUUAUUUUUGUGCUUGUUUUUCCAAGUGCUGAAAUAUGCCACCAUCAUUUUAGAACAGAACUUUCAAGCGUUCCUGUUUGUAAACAAUAGGGCACAUUUGGCAUCAUGCUUAAAAACUAACAAUCACAUCUUUGUUGGUUUUCUAGUAUUUCCUUAUUGCAGAACCAUUCAACCUCAACCUCUAAGUUUGCCAAAUGUAGAGUGCUAGACAGUCAUGCACAAAAAUAUUAAAAAGCACUGUUUCAAACAAAGUUCUGCUUUGUAAAUCACACAUGUGUGUUGUUGCCUUUUUGUUUUCCCUUAGUUAUCACUGCAAAAAUGCAAUUCUACAGUGACAAAUGCAUGGAUAUAAUUUUGACCGAAAUGCAAAAGCCAUACUAUGUAUGUUUAAUGCUUAAUGCUUUGCUUCAUGGCCAGAAGUGUUCAUAUGUGUGUGCAUGCAUGUGCACAUACAGAAACAUGCACAGACACACAGCAUUGCUUAUACAGCUAAUAUAUUAUAGCUUAGCUGAGAAGCAUCAGUUUUUGAGCAGUUUUGCAGUGAAGUGCCUUACUUGCCGUAGUUGUUGAGUCGUCAAGGCAUCUCUUGUCCAUUAAUGUCAAAUAAAGUAUAUCACCAGGCGCAUGUAUAAAAGAAAGGUACAUUUAUAUCAGGCAUUACAAUAUUCCUUAAAAAAGACAUUUGAGAAGGACACGUUGAUGGGGAGGAGAUGUGAAAGAUUAAUGCCCUGGCUGUUUUACCAGAGGGUACUUUUUAUAAGGGGAUUUAUAUCAUAAAGAAUGGGGUGGAGGUUUGAGAAUGCCACUAAGUUAAAAAAUACAUCUAGAAGGAGAAAGGUUGCUGUAAUGCAUGGCAUUUAUUUGUUUUUUAAAGAUGUGGACCACUCAUAGUUUCCAUUGACUUCACAUUGGAGUUGAAAAGGCAGAGGACAGUCUCAUCAAAGUUGGUUAAAUAAGUGAUUAAACAAGUGAUGUUGCAGAAAUUCUUCAGUUUUUUUAAAUAGUACUUAUGAACUUGAUUUCCCCAUGUUGAAUAUGUUGUAUGCAUCCAGAUUUGGAUGUUGUCAGUCCACUCAUUGAUCAACACUUUUAUGUGGUUUCAGGUAGUCAGCUUCACUCUGUCUUGCAGAUGAUUGUGAGUUCAUAUCUUACUUAAGGUACCUUGGAGAAAGGCAGGAUAUCAAUGAACAAACCAGAAACAUGGAUAAUGGAAGUUAGGGAGAUUUGCAUAUCCACCUGGGCUCACAAAAGAAAACCAAGUUGACCACCUUUGCAGGAAACCUGGUAAUAGUACAACCUGAUAUGUGGCCAUGUGGUUGAUCAUACAGUUGCCAUGUGUUUGUAAAAGACCUGCUGUUUGUAUAUAUUGGAGUACCAACAGAACUGAAAGGGAAAAUCUCCCACUGUUAGGCCCAGCUUAUGCCAAUCUUGCAGUUCGAAAACAUGCAAAUGUGAGUAGAGCAAUAGGUACUGCUCUGGUGGGAAGGUAAUGGCACUCCAUGCAGUGAUGCCGGCCACAUGACCUUGGAGGUGUCUACAGAGAGUGCCAGCUGUUCAGCUUAAUAAUGGAGAUUUCUUCAAAUUGUGGCCAUGACCUCAAAUGUGUAGCAUUAUGAAUUUCUGUCAAUGGAAGCUCUUAUACUAAUUGAUUCAUGUGACAUUAUGGUUCUAUUUUUAAACACAUUUAUUUGUCUAAGUUUAUUUGUCAGUCCUUGUGACAAUAAGUUGGUAGCUAAACCCUACAGGAAGAGGUAACAGUAAUGGCAGAGGCUCCAGUCCAAGUUUGUGGGACCCCAUGUUUGUAGGAAGCUUUAGACUCACAAUAAUUCAGGGCAUUUUAGAGGUUUUCCAAUACACAUUUUUCAACUUUUAUGGCAUUUUCUUAUUCUACACUUUUAUUUUCUUCUCAGCCCUUCUCCCAAAAGAGACAGGAAAUCAUUGAGGACCACAACAUAAUGAUUUACUUUUUCAACAUUGUGCUUAGCAUUUGUUGCCAUAGUAGACAACAAUAGUAGCAACUUUGGUCUUUUUUUAAAGAAAUAAUGCAUUCAAAAUUGGGAACACAGUACAUUCAAACAGUAACUUUCCAAGGUCUAAGUGAACCUCUGUGCUUAUGCUGCAUCCUGUGUUUGUUGCCACUUAGAAGAAUUUGAUUAUAAUACUGAAUCUGGGGUAUGACACACUUCUCAAGACAGUCAAGUUUCACAUAACUUCUCUAACAUUUUAUAUUUCCACCCUUUUUUUUUUGUUUUGGUUGUAAAUGAGUUGCUGAGGAAUUUCCUACCAUCUUUAAUGGUAUAGCCAUUGCUUUAACCACCUCCAAAAUUAUUAUGAGAAUGAGGUGUGAUUAGAAGCCCAACAGAAAUCAGUGUAAGGUUCAACAUACAUUAUUCACUGAUUAUUCACUCACAAUAUGAGAGCUGAAAAUAAUUGUAGAGGCAGGCUGGAAAGAAUAGGAUCUUCUGAACUCUGCAUUGGAACUAGUUCCGACAUUAAACUAUGAGAAAAUGAACUAGAUUCUCCUCCUUUAGGUAGACUUGUACCAUCUGAUAUUGUCCUGAUUAGCACAUGAGAAGCCUCUGGACACGGCUGUAACUUUUCAUGUAAUACUUACAGACAAUAAUCCAAUGAGUCAUCAUGGUCUAGUGGUUUGAAUUAUGGACUGACUCUUACGGAUCAGGAUUCAAAUCUCUGCUUGGCCAUGGAAACGUACUGGGUGACUUUGGGCAAGUCAAGCCCUUUCUGAACAAAUCUCUCCCCCCCCCCCCAAAUGGAGUUAGACCUCCAUAACCCCAAAACAACUUGAAGGCACACAACAAGCAGCCAUUAAUUGCAAAAUGCCUUGGUUGUCUGAACUAUGAUUACUGAACAAGAGUUCUCUUGACAUGUAAUGAGAAUUACAUGUCUUAAGUAUGCUUAGGUAUAGUUUGAAUAUCCCAUGCUCCAUACAUUGUCAGGUGUGAAGGAUGCAUGAUAAUAUGCGGAUUUGUAAACUCCUAAAGCAAAAGGGAAAGAAAAACCUACUCAGGCAUCAUGUUCUUCAGCUUUACAAUGAUGGUUUUCAUUUAUUACUGUAAUAGUAACAACAAUACUGGCUCUGUAUAUAUUCUGUAUAGAAGACGUUCAUUAUUAAGAGUACUGUAGCUGAAUUGUUCUGUCUUUAUAUCUCCAGGACCUUUUUAGCUGUUUUCUACAUCAUAAGGAUGGCAGUCACAUGUUGAACUGUAUAUAAAUGUUUUGUACAUUAAAAAGUAAUUUUUUUCAUAAUA